CCGAAUCUGUUCGUCUCCACUCGACUCUCGCUGCAAGACAACGUCAUCAAUUUGGGCACCAGGCGUGUCCAUUUAGCUUUCCCAACAGACAGAGAGACGGAAAAAACGAUUGUCAUCAUAAGCUUAGCUGUUGCUAAGGACAGCGCGUGUGAAAAUAAACUAGAAGACAUUGUAACAUUUGUGGCGUCUAGGCUAUUCAUUGUUUAUGACAAGGAUAUCAACUUGUCGAUUCAAGAACUCUUGGAAAAUGCUACAAUCUCUAACUAGUAAUUCGUGUGUGCGAUUGAUCGAAAGUCACAAAUCGACAUGGUAUUUUUUGUUUUUAGUCCUGGGCUAUAUUCUGUAUCUUAUAUUCGGAGCUGUUGUCUUUUCCUCGGUGGAACUGCCUUAUGAAGACCUUCUACGCCAGGAGCUCCGAACCAUCAAAAAACAGUUCCUCCAAGAUAACGAAUGUCUGUCGGAAGAACGCCUCGAGGAGUUUUUGGAGAAAGCGCUCGAGGCCAGUAACUAUGGAGUGUCCAUUCUCAACAACGCAUCGGCAAAUUGGAAUUGGGACUUCACCUCCUCGCUGUUUUUCGCCAGUACUGUAUUGUCUACCACAGGAUAUGGCCACACCGCUCCACUCUCCGAUGGAGGCAAAGCCUUCUGUAUCGUCUACUCUGUGAUCGGCAUCCCCUUCACCCUCCUCUUCCUCACCGCCGUGGUCCAACGCAUCAUGGUCUUCAGCACGCGCCGUCCAGUCAUGUACGUGUCGACCCGCUGGGGCCUGUCCAAGCCUCUCGUAGCCGUGGUCCACGCCACAAUCCUCGCCAUCCUGGCUGCUUCCUGUUUCUUCCUCAUCCCGGCGGCCAUCUUCUCCUCCCUAGAGGAGAACUGGAACUUCCUGGAGAGCAUCUACUUCUGUUUUAUAUCACUAAGUACCAUCGGACUGGGAGAUUAUGUACCAGGGGAGUCCUUCAACCAGAGGUUCAGACAGCUCUAUAAAGUCGGAAUCACUGUCUACCUCCUUCUGGGCCUGGUUGUGAUGCUGGUGGUCCUGGAGACGUUCUGUGAGCUGCAGCAGCUGAAGACCCUGAGGAAGAUGUUCUAUCUGAAGAAGGAGAAACCACAGGACCGCCUGGCAAUACUGGAGCACGACCAUCUGUCCUUCACCUCUGUGUCCCACCAGACCAACUCCACCUCGCUCAGGGAGGACAAGACUAAGGACGUACCCUUCGUUAGUGUCCCCGUGCUGGCCUCGCCUGGUGGAGAUGACCCCAUGAUUAACUAGAAGGGGGGAAAUAGUUAAAAUGUUGCAGUGAAAUAGGCAGGAAACUAGGGAAGGACAAGGAGAGUACUGAAGGGGGGGGGAUGGUGAAACCAAGUUUGCAUCCCAUUUCGCUAUCCUUCUUUUGAAGUGUGCACUGCCUAUCAUGAAUUCUCUAGGUGAAACUUUAACGUUAGCUGAAACUCUCCCCAGUGAACGCUUACACCAAUUCAAUGCUUUUUAAUGAAAAGGGUAGAGAAUUGGGAUGCAACCUACGGGGGGGGGGGAUACAGAGGACUCUCGUAGAAGGAUAUUUGUGACUACAUAACUUAAGCUUCAGCAUAAGGAUGCAUUUUAAAAACAAAAGCUCAACUUCAAACCAUUGUUGGUAAUGUUGAAAUUGAACGAUUGUCUUUUAGCCCUUCAUCAUCCAUGAGAAAUUUAACUAUCACUCUCUUAAUGAUGAAAAAUGAACAUAUUGUGCUAUACUGCAUAAACAAGAUCUGUAUUCACAGACAUAGGAAAAACUUAAUAUAGCCUUCAUAUGUAUAGCUGAUAUGUACGCUGGCUAACUUAAUGGUAAGGGAAACGCCUGCUAUAGCUUCGUGCAUUUUCAAAAUCCUCGCUCAGAACAGCCAUGCUAUCAGCUGUUCUCAUGGAUGGAAUAACAUUAAGCACAUACUGUAUCUAUAAUGCAUUAUGAACUCGCUCAGAGCAAGUUAUAAGGCAGUCGUAAUACAUAAGCACAGAUAUGGGCUUCAUAGAACUGACUUGACUAUAGCACAUUAGGGAACAUUUAAUAGGACAUCCACCUUGUAAAAUGUAACUGAAUGUCACAUUGUGCCGUAAUGUGUCUGUAUACAUAUACCUUAAGUACUAUUUUACAGGAGUUUAAUGGAACACAUGUAUUCAGGUUAACUGUAUCAGGUAUACAACAGUAGCACAUUUCAUUGUUGUAAAUGCUCUGUGUAUUAAUUACAGUAAGACAUUUGUUUGAUGCUAGUUUAAAGUACAACUUGUAAUGUUAUUUUAAGGUAGUUAAAUGUUUCAUGUCUUGGGCUGUACUGUGUGUAUUUAUCAUGUUGAUUCGUCUAAAAGAAAGGGAUUUACUGUG